AUGGAGGUGAACAGGAGCGGGGGCAACCAAGCCGGCAUCAGGAAUGAAGCCUACUUCUGCAAGGGAUCGAGUGAUGGACCCGGAGCUCCGGCGCGACACCGGCAGCCUGCUGGAGGAGUUCGAGCAGCUCGCGUCCCCCGCGUGCUCGCCACCCACCUGCCAUACUGCCUCCUCCCCGAGAGCAUCACCGCCGGCGAGGGGGCGGCGGCUAGCCGGGUCGUGUAUGUCUGCCGGAACCCUAAGGACGCGUUCAUCUCGGGCUUGUUCUUCGUCAAGAAGGUCUCGUCGGCGUACGGCGCCGGUGCCAGUGCCGGCGCGCGGGCCUUUAACCUCGAGGAGGCCUUCGAGCUCUUCUGCGAGGGGCGCGUCUUCGCCGGGCCUCAGUGGAGGCACGUCCUCCAGGACUGGGAGGCGAGCAUGAGGAGGCCCAAGCAGGUUCUCUUCCUCGAGUACGAGAGGAUGCUGCGCGACCCCGAAGCUACCGUGAAGAAGCUUGCCGAGUUCAUGGGGUGCGGAUUUUCCAAGGAAGAAGAGGAGGGAUGGGUCGUGGACGAGAUCGUGAAGCUAUGCAGCUUGAAGGAGCUCAAGAACAUGGAGGUGAACAGGAGCGGGGGUAACCAAGCCGGCGUCAGGAACGACGCCUACUUCCUCAAGGGAUCGAGUGGUGACUGGAGGAACCACUUGACGCCCGAGAUGGCAAAGAAGCUGGACAAGAUAGUGGAGGAAGCGCUGCAGGGAUCCGGGUUUGCCUUCGUGGACGAUGGUAUAUAA